AUGAUAGAGACAGAUGAAGGCCGUGUGGUGGUUGAGGAGUCCGUGAGCUUUGGUGAUGAUCUGCCGCAGUAUGGCCAGCCGGCGGGAUUUAUUGAAGGCGGAGAAAAAGAGAAGGUGCAUAGCGAUCCAAUGAUGUGGCUGGAGGCCUUAGAUUUAUUGUUAGCUCGAAUGGUUUCGCAGGGGGUUGAUUUUUCAGAGGUUAGGUAUUUGUCAGGAUCGGGGCAGCAACAUGGGAGCGUUUAUUUGAAUGCUAAUUUUUUAAUGGUGGUGGAGAACUUGUCUGCGGAGGCGAGCUUGGUUGACCAGGUGAAGAGCUGUUUAACCCGCGCUACUUCUCCGAUCUGGAUGGAUAGCUCGACCACGAGUCAAUGCCAAGAAAUCGCGGAGGGGGUCGGUGGAAAUGAGGAAGUUUGUCGAAGGACGGGUUCAGAAAUGGUGGAGCGAUUUACGGGGGCUCAGAUUCGUAAGUUUUAUCAAACUGAUGCAGUGGCGUAUGAAAAGACGGCGGUGGUGCAUCUGGUGAGUUCCUUCAUGGCAUCGAUUUUAGCGGGUGCGAAUGCGGGUAUCGAUCAGGGAGACGGUGCGGGCAUGAAUUUGAUAAAUCUCGUUGAGAGCGACUGGGAUGAAAAGAUGGUCGAGGCCACUGCUCCAGAGCUGCGUGAGAGGCUUCCGGAGCUUGUCGAUGCGGGAUCGAUUGCGGGAAAGAUCUCAUCUUAUUUUGUAGAAAAGUAUGGUUUCGCCAGUGAGUGCGAAGUGGUUGUUUUUUCGGGUGACAAUCCCUGUAGUCUAGUGGGGAUGGGUGCUUCGCGCCCCGGGAAUGUCGUGAUGAGUCUGGGGACGAGCGAUACCAUCUUUGCUGCCAUGCCUAAGCCGGUGAUCGAUCCACGGGGAUAUGGACAUGUUUUUGGAAAUCCAGUGGGUGGGACGGGUGGAGCGAUGAGUUUGAUUUGUUUUAAGAAUGGUUCAUUGGCUCGAGAAGCAUUGAAGGAAGAAUUGGGUGUCGGUUGGGAAGCUUUCGAAAAAGAAGCUCUGAGCAGAGUGCCACGUGGGGAGGUCUUGAUGCUGCCUUUUUAUGAACCAGAAAUUACCCCACGAGUGGAAAGCGACGGACCGGUAUGGGACUUCAGGGAUGAGGUGGAGGACGGAGUGAAAAUUCGCGCUUUAUUGGAGGCGCAGUUUUUGAACAUGAGAAAAUAUUCAGAUUGGCUGGGGGUGAAGCCGGAGGUGAUUUUAUUAACGGGUGGGGCGUCUCAGAAUGAUGGCAUCGCACAAGUGGUGGCCGAUGUAUUCAAUACCGCAGUGGAACGGCUAGAGGUCACAGGCUCAGCGGGUUUGGGUGCGGCGAUGCGCGCAGCGGUGGCUGGUGGAGUGCCGUUGGAAAGUCUGGAAGUGGCUUACUCGUCCCCGGUCGAGAGGAGCAGAAUCGAGCCAGAAGCCGGUGAUUUUUAUGCCGAGCAGCUUAAAAUUUAUACUGAGUUCUUGAAAAAAAAUUAUCCCGAAGCUAAAAAAUGA